UUUCUCCAAGCAGUCCGCAGUAAGACGCUUCCCCGUCCCGACAAAGACACUUCCAAGACCAUGGCGUCUUCCAGGUCCUUCUACGCUGCCUUCGAUCUCUGCGUCUGUCUGGGCGUCCUCUGCGUCGUCUUCGUCUGCAUCUGGAACUCGCAUUGGCGUGGCGGAUUCGCUUGGGACGGCACCGGGUCGCAGUUCAAUUGGCAUCCUGUCCUCAUGGUGACCGGGACGCUGGUUCUGUACGGCCUGGGUGCCGUGUUGUACCGCCUCCCGUGCACGUGGACCCAGGCCAAGCAGCCCUGGAAGAUCCUCCACGCCGGCCUCAUGCUGGCCGCCCUGCUGCUGUCCAUCACGGGCCUGACCGCCGUCUUCCAAGUCCACCGAAAGCUGAACAUCCCGGACUUGUACUCCCUGCACAGCUGGGUGGGACUCAGCACCGCCAUCAUCUUUGCCUGUCAGUGGCUCCUUGGCGUGGUCGGCUUCCUCUGCCCGUGGUCUUCGCCGCGGUUCCGUGGCGUCCUCAAACCGCUCCACGUCUGGAUGGGGAAGGUGGUGCUGAUGCUGGCUUUGGCUUCCUGCAUCAGUGGAAUCAACGAAAACCUCUUUUUUGCUCUCGAUGGAGUCUCUGCAGCCGCGUACAGCUCCCUGCCACUGGAGGCCCUGUUUGCAAACACCCUGGGGGUGCUAAUCGUUGCCUUCGGAGUGGUCGUGUUCGGAAUCCUGUCCAAAGCAGACUGGCAGCGUCCUGACGGCAACAACGAAGAGGCUGCCCUUUUACUCCGAGAGGAACGUUCUGGUCAGACGGCAACAGAGUGAGGAUGAAAGAAGAAUCACAUGAUGCUGACAUUUAAAGUGCGACUAAUGUCUCACUUAUGGUAUUAAGUGAGACACUAAGCAAGACUGUUGAAGAACAAUGAAGAAUUCUUUUGCGAAAGAUUGCUGAUUUUACAAGUCAACGCCAAAAUUUGAAAAACAUUAAAAAUAUAUAUCAUAUUUAAGUAUGUUUUUCGAAUGUGUUUUUAAAAAAAAAAGAGUGAUGAAAAAUUUUCUAUACCGUUAUCUGACACGUUGGAACAACUUUAUCCAAUAAACUUACACACCUGAUUGUAAUCAAGUCAAUUGUUGCAUGUGUCGUGUUGUUGUAGUACCAGCCUUUUCCUGUCGAGGGCGCCGGUGCUAAACCACGAAGAAGAAAUACACUUCCAGUUGAAGAACAAUCAAGAAUUGUUUUGCAAAAGAUUGCUGAUUUUACACUUAAACCCAAAAUUUUAAAGUCAUUAAAAAAUAUAUAUCAUAUUUAGGUAUGAUUUUCGGAUGUGUUUUAAAAGAAUUUAAUGAUGAAAAAUGUAUCCGACACGUUGGAACAACUUAAUCCA